AUGAACGAUUGCGACGAAUUAGACAAUUUGAGGAAUGCAGCAAAAGAGUGCGAGAUGCAAAACAAAAUGGUCUUUGGCGAUAUACCAGUUGGGGUGUAUGUCAAUGAACAUGAUAGUGAUAAUUGUAAGUUGAAGAAAAAGCGCAAUAAACCACCAGGACAUGUUCAAUGGAAUUUACAAGAAAAUAUUGAAUUAGAUGAACCAAAAAAUACAUCAAAUCUUGCCGAAACAUCAAAACAAUUGAAGAAGGUAAGAAAAGAAGAAGAAGAAGAAGAAGAAAAGGAUAGGCUAACUAAUGCUGUUCGAAGUAUUAGUACUUUCAACAAGGAGUAUGAUGACAUCUCAGUUCAAUUCUUUGGGGGUAAAAAUCAAUUCGACAAUACGCCGCCAUUUCUAUCAACUCAUUAA